AUGACAAUUAUGUUGGAGAUUUGGAGAGAAAGUGUCGAUGAGUCCAAAGGUGGUGAAGGGAGUGAUUUCUGUUUUCCAUCUAGACCGCACCUACUCACUUCAGAAGUUGAUCAGUAUUUGAGCAGAGUAAGGGCUUCUGAAGCGACCUCUACGUCAUCAUCAUCAAUAAGCCAUCAGAUAAAUGGGCUUCAAGAUUUGCAUGAUUGUGUCGAUAAGUUGCUUCAGUUGUCCCUGAUUCAACAAGCUUUAGCCCAAGAUGAGCAAAAGAAAGGGGUUGAUGAGCUGUUGAAUGGAUCUCUGAGACUCUUGGAUCUCUGUAGCAUUGCUAAGGAUUCCUUGUUGCAAACAAAGGAAUGUGUAAAAGGACUUCAAUCGAUUUUGCGCAGAAGAAGGGCUGAUGAUAUGGAACUUAAUAGUGAGGUUAAGAAGUAUUUAACCUCCAGGAAAGCAAUGAAAAAGGCAACCCACAAGGCCUUGGUGACUUUGAAGGGCAAGCAAAACAAAUGCGCCUCUGCAAUCAAUGAUAAAAACGAGACUAAGGCCACAAUCAGCAUGUUAAGAGAGGUUGAAGCAAUCACUUUCACUGUGACCGAAUCCUUGUUGUCCUUUAUCUCAGGGCCAAGGACUCCAUCAAAGCGAAGCAGCUGGUCACUAGUUUCCAAGCUAAUGCAACCAAAAAGAAUUGCAUGUGAGGAAGAUGAAGCAGACAUAAAUGAGUUCGAAAAGGUGAAUGCUGCAUUGUCUACCAUCAUUAGUCAAAAGACAGGUAAAUCUGAUAACAUCUCUCAUGUUCUAAACCAGCUUAAAGAAUUGGAACGCAGCAUUCAAGAUCUUGAAGAAGGACUUGAGUGCUUGUCUAGGCGAUUGAUCAGAACGCGAGUGCCCCUUCUCAACAUCCUCAAGAAUUAG